AGAGACUGCGAGAAGGAGGUGCGUCCUGCUGCCUGCCCCGGUCACUCUGGCUCCCCAGCUCGAGGUUCAGGCCUUGCCCCAGGCCGGGCCUCUGGGUACCUGAGGUCUUCUCCCGCUCUGUGCCCUUCUCCUCACCUGGCUGCAAUGAGUGGGGGAGCACGGGGCUUCUGCAUGCUGAAGGCACCCCACUCAGCCAGGCCCUUCUUCUCCUCCAGGUCCCCCACGGCCCUUCAGGAUGAAAGCUGCGGUGCUGACCUUGGCCGUGCUCUUCCUGACGGGGAGCCAGGCUCGGCAUUUCUGGCAGCAAGAUGAACCCCCCCAGAGCCCCUGGGAUCGAGUGAAGGACCUGGCCACUGUGUACGUGGAUGUGCUCAAAGACAGCGGCAGAGACUAUGUGUCCCAGUUUGAAGGCUCCGCCUUGGGAAAACAGCUAAACCUAAAGCUCCUUGACAACUGGGACAGCGUGACCUCCACCUUCAGCAAGCUGCGCGAACAGCUCGGCCCUGUGACCCAGGAGUUCUGGGAUAACCUGGAAAAGGAGACAGAGGGCCUGAGGCAGGAGAUGAGCAAGGAUCUGGAGGAGGUGAAGGCCAAGGUGCAGCCCUACCUGGACGACUUCCAGAAGAAGUGGCAGGAGGAGAUGGAGCUCUACCGCCAGAAGGUGGAGCCGCUGCGCGCCGAGCUCCAAGAGGGCGCGCGCCAGAAGCUGCACGAGCUGCAAGAGAAGCUGAGCCCACUGGGCGAGGAGAUGCGCGACCGCGCGCGCGCCCAUGUGGACGCGCUGCGCACGCAUCUGGCCCCCUACAGCGACGAGCUGCGCCAGCGCUUGGCCGCGCGCCUUGAGGCUCUCAAGGAGAACGGCGGCGCCAGACUGGCCGAGUACCACGCCAAGGCCACCGAGCAUCUGAGCACGCUCAGCGAGAAGGCCAAGCCCGCGCUCGAGGACCUCCGCCAGGGCCUGCUGCCCGUGCUGGAGAGCUUCAAGGUCAGCUUCCUGAGCGCUCUCGAGGAGUACACUAAGAAGCUCAACACCCAGUGAGGCGCCCGCCGCCGCCCCCCUUCCCGGUGCUCAGAAUAAACGUUUCCAAAGUGGGAA